AUGGAUAUCUUCUAUGCUUCUCUCCUAUCUCUUUUUGUUCUUGUGGUUUCUUUCUCUCUUCAUUUUUUCAUCUACAAGUUGAAAACGACGGAAGACGGGAGAGUACUUCCACCMGGUAGAACAGGGUGGCCCAUUAUUGGAGAAAGUUUUGAAUUUCUUGCAACAGGAUGGAAAGGCCAUCCUGAAAAGUUCAUAUUUGACCGUAUGUCAAAGUUUUCACCUAUAGUGUUUAGGACAUCUCUUAUGCUUGAGGAUGCUGCAGUGUUUUGUGGGGCCCAAGGUAACAAGUUCUUGUUCUCAAAUGAGAACAAGCUUGUACAGGGAUGGUGGCCCGCUUCAGUUGAUAAAAUCUUCCCUUCAUCUGAUAAGACCUCGAAGAUAGAAGCUAUUAAGAUGAGAAAGAUGCUUCCCAACUUCUUCAAGCCUGAAGCCCUACACCGUUAUGUCCCCAUUAUGGAUGUUGUAACACAACAACACUUUGCUAAUGGAUGGGAGGGGAAGGAUGAAGUUGUGACUUAUGAACUCACCAAGAACUUCACCUUUUGGCUUGCAUGCAAAAUCUUUGUCAGUAUUGAUGACCCUGAACGGGUCAGAUACCUAUCUGGCCCGUUUGAGAGCAUCGCUUUGGGGCUCCUUUCGAUCCCCAUUAACCUUCCUAGAACACCAUUCCGAAGAGGGAUCAAUGCGGCCAAUUUUAUCAGAAAAGAGCUCAUAGCGAUAGUCAAGCAAAGAAAGAUUGAUUUGGCUCAAGGGAAAGCAACACCAACUCAAGACAUAUUGUCACACAUGCUUCUGUUUAGCGAUGAAGAUGGGAAGUUCAUGGGAGAAUACGAYAUCGCUGACAAGAUUCUAGGGUUGUUGAUUGGUGGCCAUGACACUGCAAGCUCCGCUUGUGCUUUUCUCGUCAAGUAUCUUGCUGAGUUGCCUGAGAUCUAUGAUGGAGUCUACAAAGAACAAAUGGAGAUCGCAAAAUCUAAAGCACCUGGAGAAUUGUUGACUUGGGAGGAUCUAUCAAAGAUGAAGUACUCAUGGAAUGUUGCAUGUGAAGUUCUUAGAUUAGCACCACCCCUCCAAGGUGCUUUUAGAGAAGCCAUUACUGAUUUUAUGUACAAUGGUUAUUCUAUACCUAAGGGUUGGAAGGUAAUUUACACAUUACAUAAUGUUUACAAAAGGACUUCAUUUAGAAAUCAAAAAUAUAUUAGGAAUCGAGGAAACAAAUAUUCAUUAUGA